AUGCCUUUAAGUCUACUCUCUCGCUCCAGUACCUUGGUCGAUGUUGUACCCAAAGCCUCGGGAGAGGAAUGGGACCCUGUCGCCAAAAAGACCAGGUCUGCAACUCUACCUUCUCACUCCACUACCUUGGUCGAUGUUGUACCCAAGGCCUCGGGACUCUUCCCCGGAAAAUGGGACCCCUUCUCUGAUUGGAACCUCGGGCAACCUCACGAGUACUGGUUAGCAGCCAGGCCACAUGAAGGCUAUCCCUUCCCAGAGUAUUUGGGGCAUGGUGAUUCUGGUCCAUACCGACUAGGUGCUGUCUUCUCCUACCCCCACGACAUGGGUUCAAUCAUCUUUGCCCCAAAGGCCAUGCCAGACAAGUAUGCUGUUUGCACCUCCGGCCCGGAUAAAUCUUACGAACGUAGUUCCUCCAACUCCACUAUCAUACAACGGUUCCGUUUCCAACAACUCGAACAGCACUGGGCCAAGGAAUACCACUUGUGUAGCAUGAUUGACGAAUCUGUCUGGGACAAUGUUGAACCGCGCCGCUGGGGCCGCCCCCGCGUCUACGUCAUUACGGGCUUGAGGAUUGUCGACGGCUUGGAGGUGUGGGACGGUAAAUUUUACCGGAAAUUUGACGGUCGCGUCAUCUUCAGCUACCAGAUGCACGAGGUCAAAAAGAAUGGGGAGCCAAGACUUUGCGACCCUUACUCAUCGCAUCGUACAGCUGAGCCUUGGCUAGCUAGCAUUUGUUGA